AAGGAGAAAUUCCUUGGGGUGAAAGUGGACAUGUUCGGCUGGAGCGCCUCGGGGAGCCGCCGGGGGUCGCUGUGCGCGGCUGUCCCGGGCGCCGGGAGCGGCUCGGCUGCAGGAAGGCGGCAGGAGGCGGCCAUGGUGCUGUCGGCCGUGCAGCAGGUGGUGGUCUCGGCCGUGCUGGUGCUCUGCGUCUUCGUCGUCAUGCCCAGGAUAUUCGGGGGAGGAGGCGGCGGGCGGCCGGGCCGGUCUCAGCGGGGCGGCAGGGCCGCUCCGGGCCACUACGAUCCCCGGCAGCACGGCAGAGGUAGUCCUCAGACAGUUUAUCAAGUUCAUCGGAAUCCAGGAAAUUCUGACAGUAAUAUUUACCAGAGUAUUCAACAGAUGAGAAAUGCAAUGGAAAAAGAGAUAAAAAGUGAGACAACAAGAGGAAAUGGUAGAGAGUUAGCAUUCACCCUCAUGCCGUUGUAUGCUCUUGGAGUGGGAAUGUUUGCAGCAUACAAACUUCUUAAGAUGAAGUCACAUGAAGAAAGUCACUCCAAAAAGGAAAAAAGUACAGAAGACAAGGCAAAGGAAACGGAGCAUCAGCUUUUAGAACUGGAGCAGCAUCUAGCACAGACAGAGAAAAUGUUAAAUUCUUUAUUGACUCAGUUGGAUCCACUUUCAAACUGUGUUAAUGCCUUAGCUUGUGAGCAGAAAGAUGAAAUAAUGACACAGCUCCAAUCAAUUAGACGACUGAUGAAAGAAAGUGGAUUGGAUAAAUCAGAAAACAAGAUGAAAGAUCUUGGCCACAUCUGUAAUGAGAAACUUGAAGAUCUCAUUCAGUCAUUUGCUGAACAUUCUCAAGAGAAAGAAAUAGACAACGGAGAAGAUGAUUGUUAUGAAGAUUUGCUUGAAGAUUAUAGUAAUGAUUACAAAAUAGAAGAGCAUGAAUUACAUGAUGAAUGUGAAAUACAUCAGUUGGAGCCAGAUAUCGUAGAAGACCAAGAAAUGAUAAACAAAGAUGCCACUGAAUCAGAAGUGAUGGGAAUGAGGAGACGCAAUAUAUAUGAAUGGAAUCUGCAUAUGUAAAACUUUAAAAGCUUUUGCAUUUUUUUAUAACGUUGUAUGCACUUUAAACUAUUUUAAAUCAACUUAACAUGCACUGCUAUAUGCUUUAAAAAGAGCGGUGAAAUACUGCCUGUGCUCAUAUCUAUGACAAUUCUGUAACUGACUUCAGUGGCAGCAGAAUUUUACUCAGGAUGUUUACAUACUUUUUUCUAUUUAUUUUUCCCUAUCAGAAUAUUUCUGUAAUCUGUAUAUAAUGCACUGUAAUUACAUCUGAUGCUUCACUGAAAUAUUAGAAUGUCUUCUAAUUGAGACUAUAAAGUAGAGAUGUUUCAUAAAUGUUUUAUAACUAGUAAGCAUGAUGCCACUUGAACUGUGACUUUCUUGAGUUCAUUAAAGAGCAUGCAGUGGUGAAUUUAGCUCUUUGUGGAAAACAUUUCUCUGGGGUGGUACGGAAAGCACUGUGGGUUAAGUCUUUGAGAUCAAUUCAUAGUUAAGUUUAUUUGGAGAGAGAAAUUUAGCUAUGGACACUAUGUAAAAAUAAUUAUAUCUGAGUUUGCAGUCUCCUAGGUAA